GUCGUGGCCUGGCAGGAUAGAUUCCACUUUCUCGUACUCGUACACCGUAUACCGGUACGCAAGUACGCAAGUACACAUUACAAAUCUCAAUCAAAGCAUCUGGAGAAAAAAGUGGAAAUGCAAGCAAACCUCCAUCGGCAUUACCCAACUCAUGAUCCGCCCUACUCUACUCUAGCACAUCAUCCCUCACCCUCCAAACGCAUCUGAAACAUAAAAUUAUUUUUACCCCCCGCUCAUCACUCGUCAUUUCACCUCCCUCACACACCCCUCUCCCCUCUCCUCUCUCCCCUCUCCCCCUUCUCAACCAUCUAGAGUCCCCCCCAACACGACCUCCAUCGAACCCAAGCCAAACCAUGGGCGACACCUCUCUCCCUCCCGACACCUCUACCAAUCCCGAGAGCGAAUUCUGGAUAUUCGGAUACGGAAGUUUAAUCUGGAAGCCCCCUCCACAUUUUGAUCGUCGUAUUCCAGGCUACGUAACAGGAUAUGUGCGAAGAUUUUGGCAGGCUAGCGAAGACCACCGCGGUACCCCCUCCUCCCCCGGCCGUGUCGUAACCCUAAUCCCACACUCCCACUGGCUCACCCUGUCCGAUCCACAUUCUCUCUCCUCCUCUUCCUCCCCUUCCUCUCCCCCUAAAACAUGGGGCGUCGCCUACCACAUCCCCUCAUCCCAUGUCGCCCAAGUACGCGAAUAUCUCGACAUCAGGGAGAUAAACGGUUACACCAUCCACUACACCGCAUUCCAUCCCGCCGCCUCCUCUAACAACGACGACAACAACCAGCCACAGCCAAUUCAAACCCUCCUCUACAUAGGCACCCCCUCCAAUCCUCAAUUUACUGGCCCCCAGGAUCCGCAGGAAUUAGCUGAACAUAUCUUCCGAAGCGAAGGCCCGAGUGGUUUGAAUCGUGAUUAUCUUUUGAGUUUGGAUGUUGCUUUGGACGAAUUGAGUCCUGAGAGUGGCGAUGAUCAUAUCAAGGACCUGGCGAAUAGGGUUCGGAAAAUAGUCGAGAAGCAAGGAGGUGUUGAAGUAGAAGCUAGUCACACAAAGGCUAUAGAUCAUGAGCUCAAGAAGGUUACAAGCACGGAUGAGCAGGAGGAGACUGAAAAGUAACGCGUGAAAGAGCCA